AUGACUACAUCAUCGGAAAGCAACCCUGCUUUCGUGGAGAGUACUGAUGAUGUUACUUCAGAUACCUUUGAUAUUGAUGAUAUUAUGAAGAGUGAAAAGCAAAACUCAAAAAAACAGCAUCAUGAAGAAGAAGCUUCAAAAGCUCUUAUAGAUACAAUUAGGAGCAAAAUGACGAUAUCAAAGAUUCUGUCAAGCAGGAGUCGUAGAAAUGGCCAAGAAUACUAUGUAAAAUACAGAAAUAGUAGUUAUAGAGAUUGUGAAUGGAUUUCAGAAAAGCGUUUACUGAAACAAACAAAUGGAAAGCUUGUUUUAAGCAAUUUUGAAAGGCUUUAUCAAGGAAAUCCACCGAAAAAAGAUUUUUUCCCAAAGGAAUAUACAAUUCCAGAGCGUGUAAUUGGAAAAGAACUCGUUGACGGAAUUCCUUACUAUGCAGUUAAAUGGACACAACUUGAUUAUGACGAGGUUACUUAUGAACUUCACGCGAAUUACUUAAACGAUCUUAUUAAAGAAUUCGAAGCUGACACGCCACCAGAACCAGCACCAGAAUUCAAAAAACCAGACCCUUCGGAAUUCAGAACAAUCAAAAAACCAGAUAAAUCAAAAUCUGGAAAAAGUCUCAGAGAAUAUCAGCUACAAGGUGUCAAUUUCUUAGUCAAUUCAUGGUACAACAACAAAAAUCCUAUACUUGCUGAUGAAAUGGGCCUUGGAAAGACUUGCCAAGCAUCAUAUUUUAUCAAAGUUCUUGCCACACAAGUUAAAUUACCAGGACCAUACUUGAUCUUAGCACCUUUAUCAACGAUACCUCAUUGGGAGCGAGAAUUGCAUGAUUGGACAGAUUUGAAAGUUUUGACCUUCUUAGGAAGCAAAGAACGCAGAGACAUGCUUAAAAAGUACUUAAUUACAUACCAAGGAACACGUAUUCCCAAGUUUGACGUACUUUUGACAACAUUUGAAUACAUCAUGAGAGAAGUCAGGACUUUCAAGGCAGAUUUUCAUUGGAGAUGCCUCAUAAUCGAUGAAGCACAUCGUCUCAAGAACUUUGACUCUAAAAUUACUCAUACAAUGAACAAUUAUAACGCGGAUUUCAAAGUUCUCCUCACAGGAACACCAUUACAGAACAAUACCAAGGAGUUAUGGACAUUACUUAACUUCUUAGAUACAGAAAGAUUCGCAGAUCAUCAUAUUUUCGAUGAAAAAUUCGGAAAAUUGCAAGAUGCAGAGCAAAUCAAAGAACUUCAGGCCAUCCUUAAGCCAUUGAUGCUCAGAAGACUCAAAGGUGAUGUAGAAAAGAACAUCAUCCCCAUGGAUGAAGUAAUUAUCGAAUGUGGAAUGACACCUCACCAAAAAGGAUACUAUCAGAGCAUCUACACGAAGAAUAUGGAUUAUUUAUCGAGAGGUGCCCACAAGCAGAACUGUUCAAACCUCAUGAGUAUCUGCAUGGAACUCAGAAAAUGUUGCAACCACCCGUACUUGAUCAAAGGUGCUGAAGACCAGAUCCUCAUUGAACGUGCAGCUCUUCUACCAAACAAAAAGAAGAAACCGGCCAAUUUUGAGAACGAAUGCUUAAUAAGUUCCGCUGGAAAGAUGAUUUUACUGGACAAGCUGCUAGUUAAGCUCAAAAAGGACGGCCACAGAGUACUUAUCUUCAGCCAAAUGACGAAAAUGUUGGAUAUUCUCGAAGAUUAUUUGAGAUAUAAGAGAUACAACUACGAAAGAAUCGAUGGAUCCGUCAAAACAGAAGACAGACAACAGGCCAUCGACAGAUUCAAUGAUGAAAAGAGCAACAGCUUCAUAUUCCUCUUAUGUACAAGAGCAGGAGGUUUAGGAAUUAACCUCGUUAGCGCUGAUACUGUUGUCAUCUACGAUUCAGACUGGAAUCCUCAGAACGAUAUCCAGGCCACGGCCAGAUGCCAUCGUAUCGGCCAAAAGAAGAAAGUUACGGCCUAUCGCUUCAUCACCGCUAAUACUUAUGAGAGAAAGAUGUUCGAUAUCGCUUCCCUUAAGAAAGGCUUGGAUACAGCUGUUUUGGAGACAAAUAAGGGAGAUUGGAAACACGAUACUGCCGAAAUUGAGAAAUUGUUGCGUAUCGGAGCUUACUAUGCCUUCAAUGAGGACGCAAAUGACCUGUUGAUCAACGAAGAAGAUAUCGAUACAAUUAUUUCGAAAUCUAAGUUGAUCCAACACGAUGCGAAUACUUCUGAUGGCUCCACAUUCUCAAAGGCCGUAUUCGAUAUCGAAGACAAAGAAGAUAUCGAUGUUACAGACCCAGAUUUUUGGAAGAAGUACAUGCCUGAGGACGAAAAGGACAAAGACGAUAUCGAUGAUCCAAAUGCCAACUUAAGUAUCGCAGAAAGACUUAGAUUGGCCAGAGGAGAAACUCCGAUUCCUCCUCCAACACCGAAAAAGAAGAGGAAAGAAGGUCCUCCGCAGCAUAAGAGGUCUACAUUCAAAUGGACCAGACAGAGGAUAAACAGAGUCCAACAGUUGCUUUUGAAGUACGGAUUUAGCCAAAUUAAGAAAAUUUCGGAAGAAUUCGACUCUGAGUUACCAAUUGAUGAACUCAAAAGAGUAUUGUUCAUUUACGCUUCAUUCUACAAGGAGUAUCUUACUAUUUAUGAUACUUUUCUUGAAGAUAUUUGCUCAAAAAGCCCAAAUCCACAAUACUCGAACUUUGACAAGUACAUUAAGACAAAGUUCAAGGAUGAGUUCAUCUCAGCGGUCGGAACAUUCACAAUUCAAAAGGCAAACAGAUUAUCUCAAUUGGAACUCAUCAAUCUCGCACUCCAUGAAAAGAAUUUGUCUGUUUUCAAGUUCAACAAGAUCGAAUCAGCUAAGCCAUCAAAGAAUUGGAGCAAUGAUGAUGACAAUUAUCUCAUUAAUUUCGUAUUUCAGAGCGGAUUCUCAGAAUUAUCGAACACAAAGUACAGCCAUGAUAAUUCUGAGAUCACUACUUCAAUGCUCAUUGCAAGAUUCGAUGUUUUGUGCGCAAAAAUCCUCAAAUAUUAUUUGGACCAUGAAGUUCCCACGAUCGAGAAAAGUGACACCGAGGAACAAAAUUCUGACAACGAAAAAAGUGAAAACCAAGAACUUCGGAUUGAUGGAAUUUACACGACAAAGACAGGAACAUGGACAGCCAGAGAGCAUGAAUUCAUCUAUUUCAAUCUUCUUGGCUUCGGAUAUCCUUCUGCAGCUGAAUUUGUCCAGAAAACAGGAUUUUAUUCGAAAUCUGUUGAUGAAGUUGAUGAAUACAUCACCAAAUUGAUUGAUUUCUGUGAGAAGCGCGCUGCAAACCGCCAUGCAGUUCUUGAUUCCGGAAUUUUGGAAACAGAAGUCGAUUAUGAUAACUCAAAUCGCUUAAUGGAGCGCAUUAAGUUCUUCCAGAAAGUCAGAGAAUACGUUAGAUCCCCUCCAGAAGACGCUGCAAAAGGAAGAGACUGGACUUUGAUAAAUUAUUUCGCAAACAAUGGCUUUUUGGACAUGGAUACCAACUCCGUUUACCUUAAUAUCUUCGGACCAGACUUAGUCGAAGCCAAACUCUUCAGAAAAAUCCAAUUAAUCAUGCAUCCACCGACAGCAAGCGAAAGACCAGCGAUUUUACCAGGAGAAAUUGCCGAUAUCCAGUACAAUGAAGACGGAACUCCAAUUCUUCCUGCCGCAAUCACUAAUACUUUGAUUUUGAAUAAUAUCGGCCAAGUUAUCACAGAUAGACCAGGAUUCCAGAGCGAGCGUUACUAUUAUCCAGCGGGAUUUGUCUCAGAACGCUACUACGCUUCAUGUUUCGACAUCGGAGAGAAAAUUUGGUACCGAAACUACGUAAUUGACACUGGAGAUGACUUGCCAUUGUUCAGAGUCGAAACUCCUGAUGGCAGACUGUCCUGGGAAUCCACAAAAACGUCUAAUGUGUGGUUGGCCGUUCUUAAGUCCAUCGAAGAGCGAAAGAAAGAGGUCGGACUCCCUGGAAACAGAGUCCUCUCAAUUUCUGGACCAGAAAUGUUCGGUUUUGCCAAUCCGGUCAUUUCACAACUGAUAAAUGAAAGCGCGAGUAUAAAGAACGAUCCGUCAUUUAAGCAGAAAUCAUUAAUCAAAGACAAACUCGAUCUAAAGGAAACAGAAAAGAAAGAUAAUGAAAAUAAUUUACCAACGAAACCUUCUUCUGUUUCAAAAUCGAAGCCGGCGAAGCAGGAGUCUGCUCCUAUGACCUUGAAAUUCGACUUUUCUAAGUUGAUUGGUGACGAAAAGAUGAAAUCUCAGAUGGUUGUAAUAGAUAGCAAAGCAAUCCUCCAAAAGAACUCUUUAACUGUUCCUAUUAGAGAUGAUAAACAACCUCUAAAAUCUGCAGUUGAAGAUGUCUCAAAAUUAAUUUAA